GAAGGUAUCUACACCUCACCUCACUAUUUUCGAAAUUAAAAUUUUAGGGGGAAAUGGAGAAAUGCAGAAAUACGAACCCCCUACCCCAAUUCCAACCAUUUUGUUUUUUGGUGGAAAAACUUUAAAGUCAGAAAUAUUUAAAAAGCAUAAUAGAAUAUGUUGAAUAUUUGUUGCAGAAGAUGGCAGGGAGACCCGGAAUCGAAUUCGACAUUGAACGUGCAAAGGAAAUGAUAAAACUCCAGUUUACCAUAGCAGAUUAUAGCAAGGGAUUUUGGAGUGAGUCGUACAACAGUUUACAGACAUCUCAACCUUAAUGGCCAUGAACCUUCUAAGUAUACAGAUAUCACUAAUCAAGAACUAGAAAUGGUUGUCGAUGAAAUUAAGAAGUCUCACCCUAACGCAGGCGAGGUGUAUCUCAUGGGUCAUCUCAGAUCAAGAGGUAUCAGAGUUCAACGCGCACGCAUUCGGAAAGCAUUACAAGCUGUCGACCCAACCGGGGUACAGAGAAGACGAACUAGAACUAUAACCAGACGAAUUUAUUCUGUUCCAUGCCCGAACUACCUCUGGCAUAUAGACGGGACACACAAAAUGAAUAGGUUUGUCAUACAUGCCGGCAUCGAUGGAUUUUCCAUUUUUCCAUUUUUUUUAUUACUUACCUGCAUUGUAGUGACAACAACACUGCUGAAACUGUGUCCAGAUUAUAUGAGUCAGCGGUUGGCGAUUUUUUUUUCC